AUGUCUAUCCUAACCGACAAGGGAAAACAAACGAGCGGCAGUGUGCUGGAAACACAGGGGCCCAGGAGCGAUGGCGGCUCUCGUGAUGUACAAGAAGGUGUGAUGGCUGAAAAUGCCGACAAUCUUCAACGCCAUCUUGGAAACCGUCAGAUCCAGCUCAUCGCCAUUGGUGGCUCUAUCGGAACCGCCCUUUUCGUCAGCAUCGGUUCGGGUCUUUACCAUGGUGGACCUGCCAGCUUGUUCCUUGCCUUUACCGCUCAGUGUAUCUUUUUGGGUAUGGUAAAUAACUGCAUUGCUGAAAUGACCGUUGCAUUCCCCGUCAGUGGUGGUUUCAUUCGGUUGGCUGGAAAAUGGGUCGACGACGCUCUUGGUUUUAUGGUUGGCUGGAACUUUUUCUUCUAUGAGGCCCUUUUGAUUCCCUUUGAGGUGUCAGCUUUCACGCUUGUGUUAUCAUACUGGAGUCCAGUGCUUACUGAACCCGGCCCAAUCGCAGGCGUUUGUAUUGGCAUUGUCUUGAUCUAUGGCUGCCUUAAUGUGUUGGCCGUCAAAGCCUAUGGUGAAGCCGAAUUCUGGCUUUCUGGUGGAAAGGUCAUCCUGAUUUUCUCCCUCUUCUUCUUUACCUUCAUCACCAUGGUUGGUGGAAACCCGAACCAUGACGCCUAUGGCUUCCGCCACUGGAACAACCCCGGCUCUUUCAUGGAGUAUCUGGAUACCGGUUCCCUUGGUCGUUUUGAAGGCUUCAUAGGAUCUCUUUCGUCGGCUUGCUUUGCUGUCGUCGGUCCUGAGUACAUUUCCAUGGUCGCAGCCGAGGCAAAGCGUCCCCGCAUCUAUAUCAACAAUGCUUUCAAGACAGUUUACGCUCGAUUCGGUAUUUUCUAUAUCGGCGGCGCCUUGGCCGUGGGUAUUGUUUGUGCUGCGAAGGACCCGGAACUGAUGGCGGUUGUGACGGGCGGUUCUUCUGGUUCCGCUGCGGCAUCGCCAUAUGUUAUUGGCAUGCGAAACAUGGGCGUUUCAAUUUUCCCUUCGAUCGUCAACGCCCUCUUGUUGACUUCUAUUUUCUCUGCUGGCAAUACCUACACCUACUGCGCUAUCCGUACCCUGUACGGCUUGGCACUGGAAGGAAGAGCCCCGAGAGUUCUCACCUACACCACACGCAACGGUGUACCCAUCUACUGUUUCGGAGUCGUGAUGAUCUUCCCUAUGCUCUCCUUUUUGCAGUGUUCCAGUAGCUCCUCCAUCGUCAUCACGUGGUUCGCUAACCUUGUAACUGCUGGAGGUCUCAUCAAUUAUAUCGUCAUGUGCAUCACAUACAUCUUCUUCCACCGCGCUUGCAAAGCGCAAGGCGUUGACCGCAAGUCCUUCGCCUAUUUCGCGUGGUUCCAACCCUACUGCGCAUACAUUGCAUGCGUUUGGAUGAUCCUCGUGACACUCGCCUACGGGUUCCCCUCAUUCAAGCCGUGGGCCGUGGAUAGCUUCUGGUCGAACUACACCAUGCAAAUCGUCAUCCCUCCUCUCUUCAUCAUCUGGAAAGUCCUCAAGAAGACCAAGCUCGUGAAGCCUCAUGAAGCCGACCUUGUCUGGGAACGACCCUUGAUCGAUGCCUACGAGGAUAGCUUCCUUGACCCGCCUACUAGCUUCUGGAGAGAGAUCAUGCAGAUGGUCGGCAUUGGACGGACCAAAGGCGGCAAUGAUAAGAGAGCGCAAUCAGUAUCUCAGCCCAUACAGGAGUCUGCUGAGAAAAUUUCGGCCUAA